UGCGUUCUUUUCCAACCUGCGCGCACUCUUACUUGGCUACUCUGCACGCUCGGAGCAAGCCUGUUCAAAAUGGCGGUCGCAUUGGCUAAGGAAGAGAUCGACUAUACAAUCAAGCCAGAGGCUGGCGCUUCCAACAUUUCGACAUCUGACUGGCCACUUUUACUGAAGAAUUAUGACAAACUCCUCGUCAGGACUGGUCAUUUCACGCCAAUUCCCGCCGGUUGUUCUCCUCUGAAACGUGACUUGAAGUCGUAUAUCAAUUCUGGCGUGAUCAACCUCGACAAGCCAUCUAACCCAUCCAGUCAUGAAGUGGUUGCUUGGAUGAAGCGGAUUUUGAGGGCAGAAAAAACCGGACACAGCGGAACUCUUGACCCAAAGGUCACCGGUUGUUUAAUUGUUUGUAUUGACCGUGCCACUCGUCUGGUUAAAUCGCAGCAGGGUGCAGGAAAAGAAUACGUCUGCGUGAUCCGCCUGCACGACAAGAUCCCGGGUGGUGAGGCGCAGUUCAGAAGAGCUCUUGAAACGUUGACCGGUGCACUUUUCCAGAGACCUCCACUGAUCUCUGCUGUCAAGCGUCAGCUCCGUAUCAGGACGAUACACGAGAGUAAACUUUACGAAUUCGACAAUGAUCGGCAUCUUGGUGUCUUUUGGGUCAGUUGCGAGGCAGGAACAUACAUUCGAACUCUUUGUGUUCAUUUGGGCCUCCUGCUCGGUGUUGGAGCGCAUAUGCAAGAGCUCAGACGUGUAAGAAGUGGAGCUAUGGAUGAAAACAGUGGUUUGGUGACUUUACACGAUGUGCUCGACGCUCAGUGGAUGUAUGACAACCAGCGUGAUGAGUCGUAUCUGCGUAAAGUCAUCAAGCCUCUUGAGACCCUACUCACAACUUACAAGCGUAUUGUUGUUAAGGACAGCGCUGUGAAUGCCGUAUGCUACGGUGCCAAGCUCAUGAUCCCCGGUCUUCUGAGAUUUGAGGCUGGAAUUGAUGUCAACGAAGAAGUUGUACUUAUGACUACCAAGGGUGAGGCCAUUGCCAUAGCCAUUGCUCAGAUGUCGACCGUGGAGCUGUCCACCUGUGACCACGGAGUUGUUGCCAAGGUUAAGCGUUGUAUCAUGGAACGCGAUCUUUACCCACGGAGAUGGGGUCUGGGCCCUGUCGCUCUGGAGAAGAAGAAGCUUAAAUCGGCUGGGAAAUUAGAUAAGUAUGGUCGAGCCAAUGAAGCGACACCUGCCAAGUGGAAAAAUGAUUAUAAAGAUUACAGCGCGCCAGAGGCCUCCGAGCAAUUGGCAGUUGAGCCAGCACCUAAGAGCGAGAUGGCUGUUUCUACAUCUGAGCAGGCCGAAGCUCCCUCGUCGCCCCCAAAUGAGAUGGAGGUUGAUGAGUCCAAGGAGGACGAGAAAAAGAAACGUAAGCGACAUGAGGGAGAGACUCCCGAGGAGCGAGCUGAGCGCAAGCGCAAGAAGAAGGAGAAGAAGGAGAAGAAAGAGAGACGAAAGUCCAAGCAGGAGAAGGAGGAGAGUGAUGACAGCGAUUAAGGCUUCCCAGGAAGUCCCUUGGUUGCUUCCGAUAACUUAGUCUUCCUGUCUGGGAGAUUCCAACUUCACCUGUCUCUAAAUCGUUAUCGGGGCAUCACCUGGGCAUGAUUCCUGUAUCAUACAUGUUUUUCUU